AUGAAGUCAGUCCUAGCUAGUCUGGGUCUCGUUGGCCUUGCCGUGGCAGAGAGCCGCACUUCUGCUCCCUCAGGCUGUGUCACUGUGUCCAGCAGCGGUGGUGACUACACUACCAUCCAGGAUGCCGUCGACUCCUUCUCGACCAGCUCGAGUGAGGCUCAGUGCAUCUUUAUCAAUGCCGGCACAUACAGCGAGCAGGUCCUUGUGAGCGCCCGUUCCGCGCAAAUGACCAUUUAUGGAUACACUAGCGACACCUCGAGCUACAGCGGCAACAAGGUCACCAUCACCUCCAGCCUGAGUCAAGCUGAUGGUCUGAGCAAUGACGAGACAGCCACUCUCCGCGUCAAGGCCGACAACUUUAAGCUGUACAAUGUCAAUGUCAACAAUGGCUACGGCUCCGGCAGCCAGGCCGUUGCUUUGAGCGCCUACGCCGCCAGCGGCUACUACGGUGUCCAACUCACUGGUUUCCAGGACACCCUUUUGGCUCAGACUGGUAAUCAGAUCUAUGCCAACAGUCUGAUCCAGGGUGGCACAGACUUCAUCUUUGGUCAGAAUGCUCCGGCCUGGUUUGAGAAUGUUGACCUCCGUGUCUUGACUGCUUCCUCUGGCUACGUUACUGCCAACGGACGCUCCUCGUCCUCUGGCACCUCUUACUACGUCUUUAACAACUGCGACAUUGCCGCCGCCUCUGGCAACACCGUCAGCAGCGGCGCCUACUACCUGGGCCGGCCGUGGGGCGCCUACGCCCGCGUCACCUUCCAGAACACGGCCAUGAGCAGCGUCAUCAACUCGGCGGGCUGGGCCAUCUGGAACACUGACGACGAGCGCACUAGCAAUGUCGAGUUUGACGAGUACAACAACUCGGGCACCGGCUCAGAGGGAACUCGUGCUUCCUUUGCCACCAAGCUCAGCUCUGCCGUCUCCAUCUCUACCGUCCUUGGUAGCAGCUACAGCAGUGCUGGCUACUACGAUUCGUCGUACAUGUAG